UCAAUGGUUUCUCCGGCCUUUGAAGUUAUUAUAGGGGUAUACUAUGGAGAAUAGCGGGCAGAAAACCUUGUUUUGAUGUUUCGAUUGUAAACUUGUAACCAUGGCUGGUGGUUUAGCUUAUUCAAAUAUCGAGCUUUCAAUAAGACGAGUCAUAUUUAAAGAAAUAGAAAAACGAAAUUAUCGGGAAAAGGAACCAUUCGAAGUCCUCAUAUCUACUUAUAACAAGUUGUUUGAUGCUGUGUCAGAACUAAGGCAUGAGAUUCUACUCCUUACCAUCCAGAAUGAAAAACUUAGGCAAGAGAAUCUUCAGAAUGGACAAGGGACAUUGGAGGGAAAAUCCACUGAGAAAUCUUCAAUCCUAGAGCAAAAGAUAUAUUCCCUGCAAGAGGAACUUACUAAUCUUCAUCGACGUAAAGGAGAGCAUGCACAGCAAAUAGUUGACCUUACCAGCAAACUACAAGAAGCUGAGAAAAAUCUCAACUUGAAAGAAAAUUUACUGUCGGAAGCAGAAACAAACAUUAUUGUCUUGAAGGAUGAAAAAAAACAGCUGGAGAUUAGUCUUGCUGAGACCGAAGGAGGUAAUCAAGUUCUUAGAGAUGAACAUCAAGCCCUGCAAAUUGCCUAUGCUUCCAUUGAAGAAAAACUCAAAAUCCUCCAUUACGAAAACAUUGCUUUGGUGGAGAGGCUGAUGGCUUAUAAAGCCCAUGACGCUGAAAUUUUAAAUAAAGAAAACGAACAUUUCGUAAAAAUUAAACAAGCUCAAAUGCAAAAAGAGCUCGAGGAAGCAGCUAGCGAAGUAAAAGUGGUUACUGCAGACCGACUUCUUUUCGAAACACCUCUGCUUUCAACAUCAAUUCCCACCAAAGUCCAUUCGAAAUUCGAUGCUCAUGAAGGCGAAGUCAAUGCCCUUCAAUUCAACGCUGCUGGUCGAAUGUUGGCAUCUGGUGGAAGUGACAGAAAAAUUAAGUUGUGGGAUAUCGGCCAAAAUACCUGUUCACUUCGAGGAUCUCUAACAGGGAGCAACGCUGGCAUCACUUCAGUUGAAUUUGAUGCGAAUGGUGCUUUAAUAUUAGCCGCCUCCAAUGAUUUCGCCACCCGCGUCUGGACGGUCGAGGAUCAAAGGCUUAGGCAUACAUUGACCGGGCACAGCGGCAAGGUGCUAGCGGCUCGAUUCAUGGGCGACACGUCGGUGGUCGUCACGGGGAGUCACGAUCGUACUCUGAAGAUUUGGGACUUGCGGUCUCGUGCUUGCAUUGCGACAAAGUUUGCUGGUUCAAGUUGCAACGACCUGGUAACGAUCGACGGCGUGCAAAUCCUGUCUGGGCAUUUCGACAAGCGCAUCCGCUUCUGGGAUCAGCGUUCCGAAUCGAGCCACAACGAGAUCGUCCUCCAGGGUAAAGUGACCUCCCUGGACCUGUCCCGCGACCGCAACCACCUGCUGGCCUGCGUCCGCGACGACAGUCUCGUCACCAUCGAUUUACGCAUGAAUCAGAAGAUUUGCAAUUCUUUUACGGAUGACGAAUUCCACGUCGCAUGCGAUUGGAACCGAGCUGCGUUCAGCAGCAGUGGCGAAUAUAUUUCGGUUGGAUCGAGUGAUGGGACCGUGUUCAUUUUCAAUACUUCUACAACCGUUGUCGAACAGAGGCUUAAAGAGCACAGCUCCGCCGUGAUAGCUGUAGCUUGGCACCCCUGCGAUUAUGCUUUAGCUAGCUGUGAUAAAACCAAACGAGUGGUUAUUUGGACAGAUGGCGGCUACAAUUGAAACACAUUACGAACUACGCCGGCUUCCGCGUGUGCAGUUCUUUUGGAUUUUUAACUGGAUUCCGUCGUUGCCCGUAUCAACAUUUCCGAAUGUAAAAGCUUCCUUAUAGUUAAGCAACUCAAAAACCAUAGUUCUAUUACACACAGUUGUCUUUUCUCGCACUCAAUAUGUCUCAUCCAGCACCGGUAAUUUUUGUCCACUCCAUUAUUUCAGACUGCGAUGCGUAGACUUCCUGCUCGGCCAAGAUGCCAAUGUUUACCAUAUACGAUGUUUAAUAAAGACGAUUUUUUUUUUAACCCUCCCAUUGGAGUGGAUUUGAAGCUCACCUCAUCCCCAUAUUAAAUGAACUUUGAGGUAUGAACAGAAAUAGAAAAAUAUUGUCAAUA